UGGAAAAGUCUAUACGUAUAUAAUGGUAGUCAGUUUUCAGAGGCCGCGCUCAUGAGUGUGCACAUUUGAGAGUUGUCAAUACGCUGCAUGGGAAAGCGUAGACAAAACUUGUUUGACACUGUACAAUUAUAAUAAAUUGUAUUAUUUACUUCGAGUGAUACAAUAUAAUAGAAACGUUUGAAGAACAAAAACCAUUUAAAUAUGGAUCGACUUCUAAGAUUAGGCGGAUGUAUGCCAGGUGUAAAUCAAGGACCUCCACCUUCAGAUGCUCCGGUUGUUGACACCGCUGAGCAGGUAUACAUAUCAUCGUUAGCACUUUUAAAAAUGCUUAAACAUGGACGUGCUGGUGUACCUAUGGAGGUGAUGGGUUUGAUGCUUGGAGAAUUUGUUGAUGACUAUACUGUUCGUGUCAUUGAUGUAUUUGCUAUGCCUCAGACAGGAACUGGAGUUAGCGUAGAAGCAGUUGAUCCAGUAUUUCAAGCAAAAAUGUUAGACAUGCUUAAACAAACUGGUAGACCAGAAAUGGUUGUAGGAUGGUACCAUUCUCAUCCAGGUUUUGGUUGCUGGCUUUCUGGUGUAGAUAUUAAUACCCAACAGUCUUUUGAAGCUCUCAGUGAAAGAGCUGUGGCUGUUGUUAUUGAUCCUAUACAGUCUGUGAAAGGAAAAGUUGUUAUCGAUGCAUUUAGAUUAAUUAAUCCAAAUAUGAUGGUUUUGGGACAAGAACCACGUCAAACUACUUCCAAUUUAGGUCACCUACAGAAACCUUCUGUUCAAGCUUUAAUUCAUGGCUUAAACCGUCAUUAUUAUAGCAUUAGCAUCAAUUAUCGCAAAAAUGAAUUAGAACAGAAAAUGUUAUUAAAUCUACACAAGAAAACAUGGAUGGAUGGUUUGACACUUGCUGAAUAUUCUGAACAUAGUAGACUCAAUGAAAAUAUUGUCUCUGAAAUGCUUGAACUUGCCAAGAAUUAUAACAAGGCAUUAGAAGACGAAGAAAAAAUGACACCUGAACAGUUAGCUAUAAAGAAUGUGGGUAAACAAGAUCCAAAACGACAUUUAGAAGAAAAAGUGGACACACUUAUGGCUACAAACAUUGUUCAGUGUUUGGGAGCUAUGCUCGAUACCGUUGUAUUCAAAUAACUAUUUCUUAAAACACCAUUUGCAAUAUAUUAUUGAAAAUAUAUACAUCUUUUUAAACUGUACGUGUUCAUAAUCUGUACCCAAAAAUGAUGGAUGGAAUAUAUAAAGGCUUUGCUAUUUUUUUUA